AAAACAUGAGCAUGUGCAUCAAAGGGUCUUUCGGUUUCCUUCUUAUAGCUCUGAUUCUCGAAUGUGCCAAUGCACAGACGUGUCCGUUGCCGUUUAGUCGAGUCGGAAACAAGUGCUACCACGUAUCUUUGCAGGAGGCCAACUGGCAUGUUGCCGAUCGAAGCUGUCGAAAACUUGGUGCCGAACUAAUGGUGCUCGACAAUCAAGAGGACAAACUCCUCACAACCACGUUCCUAAAGAGUAUGGGGCUAUCCUUCACCCAAAGCUGGCAUCACUCCGUUUGGGCUGGCAUCAAUUGCUUGGGUAACCGGCGCACCUUUCUUCUCGCCAGGAACGGCGAAACUGUGCCGUACCUAAACUGGGUACCCCUGGAACCGAACAACGCUUCCCCCGAAGAGGAUUGUGUUGGAUUCGCCAAUUACAAUGGAGCCUUUGGGUAUCACGAUAUAGAGUGCAAGGUUCAGUUUCCAUAUGUGUGCCAGAGGGAACCAGCAGAGGACUACCUCUGCCUUAAGCGGGAUCUCUUCCUAAAGGUCCUUUUGUAGUGCUUUCAAUCUCAAGUUAUCAUGAACUUAUGAAACCUUGCAAAUAAAUAAAUAAGAUAAAUAACAC